AUGCCUACAUCAAUGGUGAUUCCUGGAAAGUGGGGAUGUCACACGACUUUGUAUGAUGUCAGGAGGAGUGGGAUAAAGAGUGUCCUUGCCCAUGGAGAGCAUGGUUUCCGCCUAUCCGGGUCGCAAACAGAUGGAGAGCCGAGUCCUUGGCACAUCUUCUGCUUGAGAUGGAAUGUCUUGACUGCCCGCGAAUUUAUUGUCAAAACUGGCUGCUGUUUCGUGAAGACUAAAAGAUGGGUGUCUGUGACUUUUGGUGCUCAACAGAUACGUGCCAACGGAACAGGUCCUCAAUGGACGAACAAUCAGAUACACAGAAAUUCUCAAGCAGAAAGUCCUCAAGCACUUGAAGAUCCUCAAAACCCUCCAAGCUCCAAGAUACUAGAUCCAUCUCAACACAUCACAUAUGCCGACACAUCACGUAUUCCGACAUCAGGGACAUCCCGACCUUUUGAUAUGUCGACUUCGGUGACGUCCGAACGUCUGGACAUCCCGACAACGGGUACGCAUAGGCUCUGGGAGGUUUUUCAGAAAAACCUUGCCUUUUACAUGAGGCAAUUACUUGUAUAA